UAAUGGGUCCCGAAUGUUAAAGUAGCUUUGUUCCUUACUUAACAGAAUUAUAGACUACUGGACUUGUUUUUUUCUUUUCAGUUUUUAUUUGAAGUAAUAUUUAAGCAGUCGGGUUUUUUGAUUUUUUAAAUUUACCUUUUUUAUUAUAAUAAAGAUCUUUGUUGCCCUUUUUAAAUGUGUAGUAAAAGAAUCAUUUCACCACAGUGGUAUUCACAAUCACAAAUACUUUAAUACAAAAUUAGAGAUGUAAGUUUCCCUUAUAACACCAAAGCUUAUAAUAAGCGAUCGGAAUGUAGAUGUUCGUAAUGAAAGUAUAAAAUAGCCUAAAAUUGCAUUAGAACGCAAUAGUGUUUGGAAAGUACCACCUUAUAAAACUGUCAAAAUUACAUAAGAAAUAGCAAAUAGACGCUAACGAUUUAUGUAUAGAAUAUUGAUGUGUUAUCUAAAAUACCUAUUACGCCUGUGUUACCAUUAUGACCAUAUAGGAUUGUUAACUGUUUACUAUAGUAAUAAAUGUUUAAGUGAUAAUUCUUCAGAUCGUGAUGUUUUCUGCCUUUUAACAACAUAUUUAGGCAUAUCGUAUGACGCUAUGAUUAAACAUACCCACCCGCGCGGUUACUUAGUAGUUCAAUAACUUGCAGUUCUUUUUUUUUUUUUAGAUUUACUUAAAAGAUCUUAUUUAUCAUCGAAUGCUAUUUAUUUUUUACUUGUUUUCAAAGUUCUCAAAGAAGUUAUUAUUAUUAAGUAGGUUGACUGCGUUUGCUGUGUCACUAUUGAAAUUCCUUAUCAUGUUUCCUCUUCGGUUAUCAAGUGCUUACGUUCGAAGGGCAGAGCGGAGACGAUAGGGCAGGCUGUGGCCACCAAAGCUGCAUGCUAAGUGCGUUUUUAAUAUCAGGGAGUGCUUAUGAUUUGAUGUAUGACGCAUUAUGGUCGUAUGGGUCGGCGACUGUCGGCCUGUAGCGCGCUCAGUCGACGCAAACCGCGGCAUGGGCGCGUCCUCCUGUCGCCUUCUCGUUUAUAAAUAAACGUGCAUCAUCGUUGUGAUAGACCAGAACAGUGUUUACAGAUCAGUAGCGUUUCCUCUAGGAUUUGAAUAAUCCAAUUUCGUUCGUAAAUCACUUGUCUUCUUUUUUAAACAAACAAGGUGUUCGUGAAUGCAGUGUUUCGAUGACAAAGAAGCUGCCUUGCGUCAUUAAAUUCAGAGAACGAGGUCUGCGAACCGGGCUCGGGGCACCGCGGCUCUCUGCGUGGUGCCAACAAGCUGGCGAGGCGAGCGCGCUCAUUUAAGGACGACUUGCUCGAGCGUAUCUCCAAUAUGCGCUCUCCAGCGCAACAACAUCACCCACCACAUCUCUCGUCCGCUAUCAGAUCACAUUCCCCGCUUAGUCCGAAGCUUCGGAACAUGGGGGCAAAGUCAGUCACGGCCGAGGAGGGGGAAGUCACGCCUGCCAAAGAACUGGAACGACUCGUCAAAGAGGUUACAUUCGGUCUGAAACACUUCUCGGACGUCAUAACAAAAAGGAAGCUGGAGAUGCUGCCUGACAAUGGCACGAUUGUAUUCGAAUCUAUUGCUAACAUCCAUAAAGAAAUAAAACCGUAUUGCAGCCGGUCGCCACAAUUGAUGAGUGCCGUGAAGCGUCUGUGCACGGCGCUGGCGAUGCUUAUCCGAUUGUGUGACGAGAUCACAGCAGUGAGCCUUCGGGCCGACGCUGGUAACGAGGAGUUGGACACGUCAGCGCCAGCCUUGUCGCCGGAACACGUCAGUUCUGUGGUGAAGGGGGUCACUUCUGCGGUGGAGGAAGUGGCAGGGCUGGCCCAACAACAUAUGACACGGCCGGCGUUGUCACCGCGCCCUGCCUUAGUGUCCCCGCGAUCUUCUACACAAAGAAAUUCUUUGCCCGAUAUACCUCUGACGCCUAAAGAGCGUUCUUUGUUGACGGGAGAGAGUGGGUCGGAGGGUGCCGGAGUGCGAGCUUCGCACUCAUCAGAGUCCGUACUAGACGCUCCUGAUACACCCCCGCCAAAACCGGCCAGGCCCAAUCGGAAAAUCGAGUUAGCCCCACCGCUGCCGCCCAAGCGUAAAUCUGCGAACGACAACUCUCAUCUAGCGCUAUCAAUUGACAGGCUAUCAUUACAAUCGCACAGCAGCGGCUCGCUGGACUCCAUGCUAAACGUGUCCAACGACGACGAACGUCACUCUCACGACACCAACAAUCACGAUCAUGUGUUUAGCUCCCCGCCUAACGAUAUGCUAGGUAUAUGCAGUUGUAACAGUUCGAGUGAGAUGAGAACGUCGGUUGAAUCACAGGAGUCUCAACUUAGUGCUUUACAUACUCACCAACACAACAAUCAUAAUCGCUUCUCCAAUGAGUCCGGGUUUGUUUCUGUCGGACACACGGAAAUAUCGACAGAGCAUAGUUUCACGUCAUCGUUCUCCUCGCAUCACUACUCGAGUCACUCUGAUAGUCAUUUUGACAGUACAGACUGUGUGAGCGAAAUGAGGUGCACUCGACAAAGCUUUGAGACCCGCAUGAAUGUAAUCAAUGUGAACAGUAUAACCGCGCACCAUUCUAUGAAACUGGCGAGCAUCACUUCAGACGAGAGCGAGACGCCGCCCGAGCUGCCGGCGAAGACGCGCCGCAAUAUACGCGCGGAUGUGCAGCAACACUUCCCUACUGUCGAAAUCAGACAAACUCCAAUUUGUUCGUUGCACGGCGAGGCGCGGCCGCACACGCUGGCCGACCACCAUCCGCCGCGCCCGCCCCCGCUCCCGCUCAAGAAGAAACACAUAAUGGCGUAUAUGGAGAUGUUUGGAAACUGCAGUCACCCGCCUAACAGCGCAGCCGCUCCGUCUGAUAUGUUCCGUCAUUCUAUACACACAUAUAACCUGGCUAGCGGCCAACACGCAGCUUCGGGUAUUAUCACUGCUCAAAGACAUCAACAAGUGCAACGAUCCAUCGCUCAGUCCUUUACAGUUCAACACUUUGGCACACCUCCACUAAGUGGUUCAGAUGAGAGCAUGCUUGGAUGGAGUGGAACUAGUCCAUUACCCGUAGAACCACCAGCUUUACCGCCAAAAACUAGCAAGCAUAAGCAGAUGCAAAUGAAUUCGAGCAACGAACUUUUGCCGCCGCCCUCGCCACGGCCAUCAUCGCAUAAUAGCACACAUUCUGCGGACGAAUCAUUCACGAAUAAUGUGAACUCUGAUGACACUUACGUUGGCGCGUCGACUCCGGGCAAGUUCCCGCUGGAAGACGAGUUGGAAACGCUCGUCAUUCCAGCGGCACCGUCGCCGGUACCCUCUCAGAGAAGCGAGAGUAGCUCAGAACCAGCGAUACCCACGAUAGAAGCGAACAGCGCCCCUAAUGUAACAGCUGACAGCGACGACAUAAUACUUCAAACCGACAUCAGCGCCUGGUUGUUACUGAAGGCAUCCACUAAAACUACGGAACAGAGGACUGAACCGCCAGAAGUGAGAGGAGGACAUCCCGAUGCGCUCAUAGUUUUGGCUACUAAAGCUACCAAAGACUUCACGUACCAGGAGGCGUUCCUGGCGACGUACCGCACGUGGGUGUCGCCCAGCGGUUUGGUGGCGCGGCUAGUGAGGCGCGCGCAUCACUUCAGGCCGCGGCCGCACGAAUUGCGGUCUACGCUCGGGCUGCUGACAAGGGUCGUGGCGGAUCUCACAAUGGCAGAUUUAGAUCGACCACUGAUGCAAGAAAUAAUGGAGUUCAUAUAUUGGCUGGUCGAAGUGGAAGAAUUGCCAAUUGCAAAAGCUUUAAGGCAAAUACUAGUCGAUAAACAGAAACAAUUACACUUCCAACAGGCCAACAAUAGGUACGAGUACGACAACCCCUGUUACGGCACAGUGUCAUUGCGGAGGGAUACGUUACUAGACUUCAAAGCGACAGAAUUGGCGGAGCAGAUGACUUUACUCGAUGCGGCGUUAUUCGUCCGCAUUACUACUGCUGAAGUGUUAUCUUGGCCGCGAGACCAGUCCGAAGAGAGCUCCCCUAAUCUCACCCGAUUCACAGAGCACUUUAAUAAAAUGAGCUACUGGGCCAGGUCUAGGAUACUAGAACAGGACGAGGCCAGGGAGCGAGAGAAGUACGCGAGCAAGUUCCUCAAAGUGAUGAAAGCUUUACGCAAGAUGAACAACUUCAACUCAUACCUUGCGUUGGUGUCUGCAUUGGAUUCCCCUCCAGUGCGACGUCUGGGCUGGCCCCGGGCCAUAGUGGACGCUUUGCACGACCACUGCGCCAUCAUCGACUCGUCGUCCUCCUUCCGCGCCUACAGGCAGGCGCUGGCAGAGACGCAGCCGCCCUGCAUCCCGUACAUUGGUCUAGUUCUGCAAGAUCUGACGUUUGUGCAUAUCGGCAACCCGGACCUACUGCAAGACGGCAGCAUAAACUUCACCAAGCGGUGGCAGCAGUACCAUAUUAUGGAGAAUAUGAAACGCUUUCACAAAGAGCAGUACAAGUUCAAGAAGAGUGAGCGCAUCCAAGCCAUGUUCAACGAGUUCGACGACGUGUUGAGCGAGGAGGCGAUGUGGCAAGUGUCGGAGACUAUCAAGCCUCGGGGCGGCAGGACGCGAACUGCCCCGACCCCUGCCCCCGCCCCCGCCCAAGCGCCCGCGCCCGCCCCCGCCCCAGCACCCGCGCAGACAGCCGCCUAGACCGCUAUUAUAAACAAUUUAUCCCAAAGAAUAAACAUAAAGAAAACACAUGGACAAAGAUGCAAUCCGCUCAAUGGAAAAUGCUAUAAGGAAUUGUGUAAGUUAAAUGAAUUGUGAUUAUCUGUCCUAAAAAGGCCUAAUUAAUUUUAGUGUAUUUAUUCGUAAUUGUGCGAUUUCAUCUGUGAUCGAUCUGAGAGCGAAUGUGGUGCGUGGGAGAUUGGAAGCCACAUGUGGUGCAUUUAGUCGCUUAUAGUUUCAAUGCUUUUCAUGUGAAGCAAAAUAUAAUAUGGAAGCCAAAUAUCUCUAUCAGUAUUUGAAUCGAGUUACUGUCAUCUAUUACAUAUCAGCAUGUGACUUGAAUAGUGUACUAAAUAAACGAGCAACGCCUUGGUGUUUAGGUAAUCAGCUUGAUAAAAAUUAUUGUCAUGUUAGCCAUCCGUGUCAGUAUGUAUAAUGUAUAUGCCAGCUUUGAAAUUAACACUUCUCAGUACAUCGAAUUAGAGGAACUUUGAAAUAGUAGAUUGGUAGUCAUACUACUGUUCGAUUAUAGUAACGUAGUCCGUCGUUAGGAAUUUCCGAUGUUCUCGUUUUUACGUCGAUUGCAUAGGUAUUUUUAAUAUAUAAUGAGUUUCAGCGUUGGAUUGAACUUAAGUAUGUAUAUGAAAUGGGACUGUUUCUUACAAUAACUGCGGAAUUUAAAAGACACGAGACCCGUUGAUUUUCAUUUGUUUUCGGGGCUUCCAUAUUUUAACGUCAUAGGCCCCGGUAUUCGAUUUCAUUAACAUGCCGCACAUUGAAAGAUAAUAGUUUUUUAAUGAUAUUUUUAUACUCAGCACUAUGUGCUACCUGUUUAGUGUACUGUACAAUUAAUACAUAUCAGUAAAGUGUGUGCCAAAUGAUUGAAAAUUAGAAACGUCCCAUUUCUAUAUAAAUAAACAGAAAUUGAUUUUUUUAAUUACGAUUGUUAUAAUGAUAGUGCUUAAUGCGAUAUAGUACAAUUAUUGUUACUAUCUGUUCAUCCUUUCGAAUUUAUGACAAAGCUCUCGUGGUAGGUACAAAGUUGCACGCAAAGUGAGAUUUUGUAUUAUGGUUAAUGCACGACAUUGCAUAAUGAGCUAUUUAUUUGAUACCUUUCUAGGUAGAUUGUGACUUGUAUAAAAUUUUAUCCUGACUAUAUCAUCAUCUCGGAGAGCCCACGUUUAAUAUUUUAGGGAAGCUUUGAAUAAAACUACGCUAAAUUUUCAUUGAUGAUAGUGGAAUUUUGCAAAAAAGCUAUUUUAACCAUGUCAUUACUAUAUUUUUAUGCAGUCUCUUGAAAAUGGUAAAAUUCAAUCAACUAUUAUUUUUGAUAUUCUCGAGUUAUAUUUUUCCUAAGGGUUACUACCUAUGUGGAAGCAAAAUAUUUAUGAGUAACAAACUUUUUAAAUUAUAUUCUUAUAUAUAUUAAUCGUCACGAUUUGUGUCAUUUAACUUCUAAAUAAACUUUAGAAACAGUAUAGGCUAUGAAGCUGUAGAUAGAUUAUGUAAACUUUGGAACAUGUUGAGGUCUAUAAUUGAUUCGAUAAAUGUUGACAGUAAUUAUUACAUUCUUCUUUUUAUUAAGGAACACAUAAAUGUAAUCAGCAUUUAAUUUGCCUUAAGACAAAUGAGUCUUCAAUGAAAUAGCAAUAAUUGUUUUUUAUUAUUGGUAGAGUCGCUGCACAAUUGUGAUAUUCGAGUAGCGUGCCGCUUGUGGCCAGUUUACACGGAGAUUGUUCUGAGUUUCAUAAAAUAGUUAAUUGAUUUAUUGUCAGUUUAAAUUUACAUCGAGUAAACAUCAGCAUAAAAACAAUAUUAUGGACAACAUCCGUGUGUUCUGGACUGUUCAGUCUUUUGACGUCCUCUAUGCGUACGCGUAGGCAAUUAUAUUAGGUGAAUAUUAGCAGUAAGUAUAAUUAAACCCCAGUAUAUUAUAUUCUGAUCGUAGAGGGCCGGUAUUGCACGUUUGAAAAAUCAAUUGUAUAUUGUUAAGCUUCAUUCGUCGCAUGGUGUUGUAAUAAUAAGCUUAGAGGUAAAUUGUGGAAGAUUAUGGAUACGUUAAGAUACGACAGUUAUCAUCAUUUAUUUUAUAUAAACUUUUUAUUGAACAUCUUGAAUACAUAAUUGGAUGAGAUGUUAAAAACAUUUAUUUUAUUGAGAUGUUUCUGAUCAGCUUAUUAAUUAGUGUUAAAGAAUUCAUAACGUUCCACAAUAAUUUGGUGACGAGUACAAAUUGGUUGUGCUUUCUGAUUCUCUGUGGAUAUUUAUAAAGAAAUCAUCAUCGAUUUGUCGCGUCCUGAUGAUGUUGCCUUAAUCUUAUGCCGUUUGUACUCCUCGCUGUGCAAAGAUAAAUGGGAGUAUCACGAAAAAAAAGCAGUGAGCAAAAAUCGUACGUUAAAAAUUCUUAAGUUCGUCUGUCAACAUUUGCGUAAGUAAACUAUUUCUAUUCAGCAAUUCGUUGGCAAUAGCAAUCUUGAUUUUCUUAAUCUUUGCAAAAUAUUAAUGCUGAAAACUAGGGAGCAACGAAAAUGUGAAGGAUGUGCUUAAUAAUAAAUGAUCACCAGUAAUGACGCGACAUCGAAAUAAUCAUUAGUAUUACAACGAAGCUAAUGAGAGAUAUGGAUAAGUACAUGUGUGUUGGUUUUGUUGUACCAGUAAAAGAGAACUCUUCUAGUUAUUUCGAUACCGUCUGUGAAAAUAAUCUCUACUUCGGUUAAGACCAUCAGCGAUCACGUAACACUGGUGUAAUACUGGUCUGUGAAUAAUUAUGUAAUUCCCAACGAUCUGGUAGUUUGUGUGUUGUUCAAAAAGGAACAUAAAAAGUUCCAUGCAAUAAAUAAACUAGACCAAUAUUUAGAAUGUUUUACAGUGCUUGGAAUUACGUGCUGAUAUUGUAUUUGUAUUGUGUAAAUGUUUUGAUUCAUAGUUAAGUUGUAGGGUAUGUUACCAUUUUGUUGUCUGCUAUCAAUUAUUUAUUUAGUGUACUUUAUAUGAGAGUUAUGUAACAGUUUGAUAUAAUUAUUAUUAAUUGAAGUAUAUUAAAGACUGCCUAAAUUAAUUAUUCAAUAUAAUUGACGUGUAAAUUAAUGAAUUAUUUAAAUAAAUCGUAGUAUGUCAUUAUGAUAGAUUUCACUACGCCCAAGUGUAGGGGCUGGGUGCGAAUCUAAUAUUAUUUUGAACGAAUAAAUAAUACAGUUAUAGAAAAUUUAUUUCUAUUAGAAUGAAACUUCUUUUUUAGUGAAUGAUCGUCGUACAUAUAUUUUUUGUUGUAUUAGCGAAUUCAGUAUUAUGUAUGUAUAAACAUAAAAUGCCAUAAUGAAUGAAAUGAAAUUAUUUUAUCGUUUAAUUUGGAAACUAUUUUGUGUUUUAUUAUUAUAAUGUUGAACAUUACUUUUAAGUAAAGUUAUUUUAUAUUAUAGAUAUUACAUAUUGUAAAUUACAUUUAUUUCAUUUAUUCACCAUAUAAUCCGAAAUGCAUGCAUGUACAGUCUACAUUAUGAGUGUCAAGUUUUUUUUGUAAUUAUUUUGUAAAAUAAAUAUAGCACGUUAUUUACAACAUAAA